GUCGAGCUUCUCUUCGCGAGAGACUUCCUGCUCAUGCUCGCUGCAGGGGUCGGAGGUCAGGGCGAGCGUCUCGCGGGCCGUAGGAGAAAGAUGGCGGUGGAGUCGCGCGUUACCCAGGAGGAAAUUAAGAAGGAGCCAGAAAAGCCGAUCGACCGCGAAAAGACAUGCCCACUGUUGCUACGGGUCUUCACCACCAAUAACGGCCGCCACCACCGAAUGGACGAGUUCUCCCGGGGAAAUGUACCGUCUAGCGAGUUGCAGAUCUACACUUGGAUGGAUGCAACCUUGAAAGAACUGACAAGCUUAGUAAAAGAAGUCUACCCAGAAGCUAGAAAGAAGGGCACUCACUUCAAUUUUGCAAUCGUUUUUACAGAUGUUAAAAGACCUGGCUAUCGAGUUAAGGAGAUUGGCAGCACCAUGUCUGGCAGAAAAGGGACUGAUGAUUCCAUGACCCUGCAGUCACAGAAGUUCCAGAUAGGAGAUUACUUGGACAUAGCAAUUACCCCUCCAAAUCGGGCACCACCUCCUUCAGGGCGCAUGAGACCAUAUUAAAUUCUAUUUACUAUUUCUUGAAUUUAUUUUUCCGUCAGUUAUGUAAAAUAAACUUACUCUUUUUCCUCCCCUGAUUAUUGCCAUUAAGCCUUUAAAUUCUAAACAAAUUAUAAUGCAUCAUCUAUUUAGGAAUUAGAUUUGGAUGUACUAUUGUAUGAUUACUAAUAGAAAGUCUGUAUGUUUCAAGCCCUUCUGUAAAAUAUGAAGAAAAGUGCUCUUAGCAUUCUGUGUAAAACUGUACUGUUAAAUAUAUGUGUGUAAUCAGCCUGAGUGUGAAAGUUAAUGGAGGCCUGGGAACAGGGUUUAUUCUAAGUAGUGGAGGAGCGUAUGGUUAAGCCCAAAGGGGCACAACAAGAAAGCCACGGAUGUAAUCAAACAUGAGAUUGUGGUGUAGACUGCUGUAUGCAGUUGGAAAGGACAUGUGAGAGUGAGCUCAAGUGGCAGCAGAGGCAGUUUGGAAUAGUAUAAGCUGAGGCAAGUUGAAGCUGUGUUGGAAGAGAUUGUCCCGCCUUGAUCAGGGUACCAUGACAUAAAAGGUUAAAGAAAGGCACCACAAUGAGCACUUAAAUUUUUAACAUGUGGGGAAUAGGGCAUUUUAAAGGCUGGAACCAGUUCAGAGGAAACAAGGGUUUCGGUACAGGUAGAAAGGUUUACCUUGGAGAUCUGCAGAUGGAGGGAGGGGUGAAGGAGGAAUCUUGAGACCCAGGGAGAAGAGCCAAGGACAAUGUCAGGCUGAAUAGGAGGUAUUCACACCCUCUUGUGUGCUAGGUACUGGCGUGCAUCUGAUUUGAGAGGCAGUAAAGCAGUGAAGACCAGUGCAGCAGAACAUUUAAGUCCUGAUUGCAGCAGUGACUCUGCAACCUUGGAUAAAUUGAGUCUUUAUUUUGUAAAAUGGAGAUAACAGCCUAUAGGAUUGUUAAGACUGAAUAUUUUAAGAGCUUAGAAUAGUGCCUGACAAAUGAGAAACAAUAAAUACUGAUUAUUGGCCAUAAAGUGAUAUUAAAACUGGAUCUCUUCUCUUCCAUGGCACUACUCUCAUUUUGAAGUUUAUGAACAGUAUGACAGUGUAUUGUAAAUUCCCUUUAGUUUGUUACAGUAGCCAAUUGAAAGUGUAUAUCCCAAAAUUUAAAAAAAAAAAAGUACUAGCAGCAAUAAAAUUGCACUAGUUUUAUCUGGUACAUACAAAAAAUAGCCAUUUAAAAUCUAAUGAUUCUGUGGAAUUGGUGUCCCUGUUAGCAAUGGCAGAGACCAGCCUGGAGCCUAGAUCUGGUGCCUCUUCUGUGCUGUGGUUUACCCCAAACCUCUAGGUUGUUUAUUCAUUCAGAUUAGAUAGACUGGAGCCAUAAAGUUAAUUUGCACCUAGCUUUUUGGAGAAUAGCCACGAUUAACUUCCUAUUCGUGGUGGCAGUGGGGGAGGAACCCUGUGAUUUACUAUGCAGAUGAAGAGGGUAGGAACUAAAUAAAGGACUUUGUAAGCCAAA